GAGGGCUCAUCCCUGAUCAGAGUGCUAUAUAAGGUCGGCUGCCGCUCGGGUUCUUCAGUCUCUUCACGAACUCCACCAGACCUCCAUCAUGAAGUUUGUUGCACUCGCGCUCACCCUGCUGCUGGCCAUUGGCUCUCAGGCUGCUUCCCUGCAGGCUGAUGCUCCUUCCCAGCUGGAACAUGCCCGGUCUCUGGCUAAUCUCUUCUUGACCGAGUUAAAGGAGAGCACCAAAAAAGCCCUGAACCAGCUGGAUGGUACAGAGUACCAGGAAAUGAAAGUCCAGAUCAACCAGCGCUUGGAUGAUUUUCACACUCAACUUCAGGCUCUGCAGCAAUCUGUCGCUCCCAUGACCGACAGCGUUGUCGCCACCGUCAUGGGCGCCACUGAGGGCUUCCGCACUGCGAUCGAGAGCGAUAUUGACGAGUUGAAGAAAAGCCUCGAGCCCCAACAAGCUAAACUGAAGGAGGUCCUUGACAAGCACAUCGAAGAGUACCGUGUUCUCCUGGAGCCCAUCAUCAAAGAAUACCAGGAGAAGCAAGCCGCUAACAUGGAAGCCCUGAGACUCAAGCUGGAGCCCGUUAUCACCGAACUGCAAACCAAGGUGUCCGCCAAUGUGGAGGAGACCAAGGCGGCCCUGAUGCCAAUGGUCGAGGCUGUCCGUGCCAAGGUCACUGUACAUCUGGAGAACUUAAAGGCAGCGGCUAAACCCUACGUGGACGAAUAUAAAGAGCAGAUAGUCUCGGCCUACAGCCAGGCCAAGUCCAUCAGCUCAGACGACCUUGCCGCUCUGAAAGAUAAGAUUACACCUAUGGUUGAGGAUGUCAAGGUGAAACUCCAGAGUAUCUUUGAGGCCGUCUACGCGACCGUCAGCCACAGCGCCUAAGUGACCCGUCCCGUAUCUUGUCAGAAGUCGACCGUUCCACUAUUAUCUCCAUCUCUAGUUCUCUCACACGCAAGUCCACAUCUCCCAUCCAAAAUGAAGCAGAUGCCUAAUUGAUGCACUUCUUUGCAACAAAAUGGCUGGACUCUUGUUGUUUAUCUCUCUUGUGCGGGCACCUUUCUUCAAGCAUGGCGGUCACCAAUCCACACGCUGUCAUUGUCACAGACCGAGGCCAACCACUGACCUUUGAUGUGCAGUCACUGUAAUGGAUUAUCAGAAGCGGCUCUGUGUGAUGAUGAUGAUGCUUUGGCCAAAUACAGCUGAAUAAACAUGUUUAUUAAACCA